AUGAGUACUGCUUUUAAGUAUGUAGUUGAGCUACAGUAUGAUAACCACGGUAAGCCAUUUGUCUACUUUUCCGGAAGGAGAUAUUAUCAGACUGGAGACAAGACGGUCACCUACCUAGACAGUGAUGGUUGCACUACCACAGUUUAUCUGGACUGGUCUGUUGUUCCAGAACAUAUUGGCUUAGUACUUGUGAAUCAACCUAGAUUAUGCCGUUAA